UGGCCACUGAGCCGGGCACUACGGCGGUGAGGGAGCAGCACAGGUUUGACCAGGGAGCCCUGGAGAAAUACCUCUCCCGCCAUUUGGCCGGGUUUCCUGUGCAGCCCCCGGAAGCGCUGACCGCCAGGCAGUACAGAUGUUGGUGCAGAGUGAAUCUUAAGGAGGGACUUGAAUGAGGAGAAGACAGUGGAUCAAUCCAGGGCAUUGAAGCUCAGGCCAGUCCAAUCCAACCUUUUACUUGCAGAAGGGUUCUAGGGCAUAUGUGCUUAGGAAGAAGCCUCAUGGCCCUCUUCUGCCUAGAGCUCACAAGGUUGAUAGAGAAUAUCACGUGCAGAAAGCGUUAUUUUCAGCUGGAUUUCCAGUCCCUGAGCCCCUACUGUAUUGCAGUGAUGUUUCUGUGAUUGGAACUGAAUUUUAUGUGAUGGAACAUGUACAGGGUCGUGUAUUCCGAGACCUCACACUACCUGAAGUCAGUCCAGCGGAGCGAUCUGCUUUGUAUGUUGCUAUGAUAGAAACCCUGGCCCGGUUGCACUCAUUCAGUUUGCAUUCAUUGGGUCUCCAAGGAUAUGGCAGAGGACCAGGAUACUGUAGGAGGCAGGUUAAAACUUGGAAAAAACAGUAUGAUGCAUCUGCUCACGUAGACAUUCCUGCUAUGAACCAGCUGGCUGAGUGGUUAAUGAACAACUUGCCAGCUGGUGAUAAUGAAGAAAAUCUGAUUCAUGGAGAUUUUAGAAUAGAUAACAUCAUUUUCCAUCCAAGAGAGGCUCGUGUUGUGGCAGUCCUGGACUGGGAACUUUCAACCACUGGGCAUCCUUUAGCAGAUUUAGCUUAUACCGCUGCAUUUUACUUCUGGCCUAACACAAUUAAACAGUUAGGCCAAGGGGGUACCUUGAGUUUUAGAGAUACUGUAGGAAUUCCAUCACUUGAAGAAUUGAUUUCAGUUUACUGCCGCUGCAGGGGUAUUAGCACAGAUCUUUCGAACUUGAAUUUCUUCCUUGCUCUUUCAUAUUUUAAAAUAGCUGGAAUAUGCCAGGGUGUAUAUGCUAGAUAUCUCCUUGGAAAUUCUUCUGCAGAGAAUAGUUAUGAGUUCGCUGAGAUGGUGAAACCCUUGGCAGAAACUGGAUUACUGCUCUCAAAAAGAACUUCUUUCACUGGUAAUGCACAACCCAGUGAUACAGGAGAGCUGUUCCAGCAGACUAAAAAAGGCCAGGAGGUUCUGCUGAAGGUGAAGAGGUUCAUGAAGCAGCAUGUGUUUCCAGCUGAAAAGGAGGUGGUUGAGUACUAUGCCAAGGAUGAAAAUUCACUGGACAGAUGGAAGAAACCUUCAGUGAUUGUGAAACUGAAGGAAAUGGCCAAAGCAGAGGGUCUGUGGAACCUUUUCCUGCCAGCCAUCAGUGGUCUCAGUCAGGUUGACUAUGCAUUAAUUGCAGAGGAGACAGGAAAAUGCUUCUUUGCCCCAGAAAUUUUCAAUUGUCAUGCACCAGAUACUGGAAACAUGGAGGUCCUGCAUUUGUAUGGGUCUGAAGAGCAAAAGAAACAGUGGCUUGAGCCUCUCCUUCAAGGGAAAAUUAGUUCUUGCUUCUGCAUGACAGAGCCUGAUGUCGCUUCGAGUGAUGCCACCAACAUGGAAUGCAGCAUUUGGCGAGAUGGAGAUAGCUAUGUAAUCAAUGGCAAGAAAUGGUGGAUCAGUGGGGCGGGGAAUACAAAUUGCAAAGUCGCAAUUGUGAUGGCUAAAAAUAAAAAUAUUUCUGCAUCCAGGAACAGACAGCACAGUAUGAUCAUAGUUCCACUGGACAUACCAGGCUUGAAGCUUAUAAGACCUCUUUCCGUGUUUGGCUACCUGGAUCAGCCCCACGGUGGACAUUUUGAAAUACAUUUUAAUGAAGUGCGAGUACCUGCCUCCAAUUUAAUACUAGGUGAAGGAAGGGGUUUUGAGAUCGCUCAAGGUCGGCUUGGGCCAGGCCGCAUUCACCACUGCAUGAGAUCAAUAGGUGUGGCUGAAUCGGCUCUACAGAUAAUGUGUGAGCGUGCAGCUCAGAGGGUGACCUUUGGGAAGAAACUGUACCAGCAUGAGGUUGUUGCCCAUUGGAUUGCUGAAAGCCGCAUUGCUAUUGAGCAGGCCCGAUUGCUUACACUGAAGGCAGCUAGCAGCAUUGAUACCAAGGGCAGUGCACAAGCAAGGAAAGAGAUAGCUAUGAUCAAGGUGGUUGCACCUAGAGCUGUCCUUAAAGUGGUGGACUAUGCAAUCCAAGUUUGUGGAGGAGCUGGAGUUUCUCAGGAUUUUCCUUUGGCUCGUAUGUUUGCCUUUAUUCGGACCCUCCGAAUAGCUGAUGGGCCUGAUGAAGUUCACCUCUCAGCAAUUGCAAAACUGGAACUACAGGACCAAGCCAAGCAACUGACCUCAAAAAUGUAAUAAAGUUUAGUCUAAAAACCUGGUUCCUUUUAAAACUGAAGUAAUGCUAUUGUAUGAUUAAACACUUCUGAAUGAUUUAGAAGUUUGAACUAAAGUUACCUAUAUUGUUAAUUUUCUACAUUCUACAGUGAUAAGUUUAUAGUACAAAGGUAACUUGGAUUUGUUUUACUUAGAGGUACCAGUGUCCUAAGCUGCUAAAUAACAUUUUUCCAGUUAACCUUUCAGGGCACUAGCCUGAAGAUUACUUUAUCAAGCCCUUAAUUCUUAUGUCACAGAUGUUCUCUCAGUCAAGACCUGUAUGAUGCUGCCUGUAGAAUGUUAGUUUAUUUUCUGAAAUGGUUUAACUUAGGGCACUGCAUCCAUCUAAAGUGUGUAGUUUACUGUUUGAGAUUUUAAAAGUGUCACUAAUGCAUAAGUCUGAAUAAAAGAUCUCUCCCCCAA